UCUUAAUGGGGUGGGGGUUAGGGGUGAUGGCUAAGGGGUGCAGGGUUCUUUCUGGGGUCAUUAAAAUGUUCUAAAAUUGAUUGUGGUGAUGGUUGCACAACUCUGAAUAUAUGAAAAUCCAUACUAUAAAUGGAUGCAUUGCAUGGUGUAUGAAUUUCAGUGCAUUUCCUAGGAUUCCACCAUGCUAGUAAUGACCAUAUUGGGUUUUAACAAUACUGUCUUUUUCAGGGUGCGGAGCACCACCUUAUUAUCAUCUCCUUGUGAGUGGGACUGGCACCCCAACCACACCACCAGGCACACGUUCUCCCCAAGACGUCAACCUGUCGUGGUAGACAGCCUACCUCACCAGGCCCACGGCAUGGAAGAACUGAUAUGGGAACAGUACACUGUGACCCUACAAAAGGAUUCCAAAAGAGGAUUUGGAAUUGCGGUGUCUGGAGGCAGAGACAACCCGCACUUUGAAAAUGGAGAGACAUCCAUCGUCAUCUCUGAUGUGCUCCCGGGCGGACCUGCCGAUGGGCUGCUCCAAGAAAAUGACAGGGUGGUCAUGGUCAAUGGCACCCCCAUGGAGGACGUGCUCCAUUCAUUUGCUGUUCAGCAGCUGAGAAAAAGCGGGAAGAUCGCUGUCAUCGUGGUCAAGAGGCCCCGGAAAGUCCAGCUGGCUCCACUGCAGAACAGCCCUCCUGUGGAUCACGAUGACCGGGCUUUUGAGGUGAUGGAUGAGUUUGAUGGCAGAAGUGCUCGCAGUGGGUACAGCGAGCGGAGCUGGCAUAGCAGCCAUGGUGCUCGAAGCCGCAGCUGGGAUGAAAGCCCGGAUCGGGGGCAUCCCCACGACCGGGCACGGAGCCGGGAGCGGCUGCCCAGCCAGGACCGCAGCCGCGGUCAGAGCCUGGAGCGGGGCCUGGACCAUGACUACAGGGGAGCCCGGGACAGCAGCCGCGGACGGAGCAUCGACCGGGAAGGGAGCUAUGAGCGAACCUACAACCAGGCAUACGACCGGCCCUAUAGCCCGUCUGUGGAGUACAGCCGCAGAGCCCAGGUUGAUGCCCGCUAUGAAAUGUCCCGGAGCCACAGCCGGGAGCACCUCUACUCCCGCAGCCCCAGCCCUGAGCUGAGGGGACGGCCAGCCCACACUGGCCAGCAGGACUCAGACCGGCCCAUUGGAGUCCUUCUGACAAAAAGCAAAGCAAAUGAAGAGUAUGGUCUCCGGCUUGGGAGUCAGAUCUUCAUAAAGGAAAUGACCCAAACGGGUCUGGCCUUUAAAGACGGCAACCUGCAUGAAGGAGACAUCAUUCUCAAGAUCAAUGGAACUGUCAGUGAGAACAUGUCUUUAACGGAUGCUCGAAAACUGAUAGAAAAAUCAAGAGGAAAACUCCAGCUAGUGGUGUGGCGAGACAGCAAGCAGACCCUCGUCAACAUCCCUUCUUUGAAUGACAGCGACUCAGAGAUGGAAGACAUCUCUGAAAUAGAGUCAAACCGAUCAUUUUCUCCAGAUGAGAGAAGACAGCAGUAUUCUGAUUACGAUUAUCAUUCCUCCAACGAAAAGCUGAAGGAAAGGCCCAGUUCAAGAGAGGACACAUCUGGCAGAUUGUCCAGGAUGGGAGCCACACCUACUCCAUUUAAGUCUACUGGUGAUAUUGCAGCUGCCGUGAUAGAGACCAGCAAGGAGCCCAGACACCAAGAGGAACCGCCAGCUCCUCAACCAAAACCAGCCCCGAGAAUUUUCAAUCGUCCUAGUCCCGAAGAUGAAGCAAUAUAUGGCCCUAAUACCAAAAUGGUGAGGUUCAAGAAGGGAGACAGCGUGGGUCUCCGGCUGGCUGGUGGCAAUGAUGUCGGAAUAUUUGUCGCUGGCAUUCAAGAGGGAACCUCGGCAGAGCAGGAAGGCCUUGAAGAAGGAGACCAGAUCCUGAAGGUGAACACACAGGAUUUCAGAGGGCUGGUUCGGGAGGACGCCGUUCUCUACCUGUUAGAAAUCCCCAAAGGUGAAGUGGUAACCCUUUUAGCUCAGAGCCGAGCUGAUGUGUAUAGAGACAUCCUGGCUUGUGGCCGAGGGGAUUCAUUUUUUAUAAGAAGCCACUUUGAGUGUGAGAAGGAAACGCCACAGAGCCUGGCCUUCACCAGGGGCGAGGUCUUCCGAGUGGUUGAUACGCUGUAUGAUGGCAAGCUGGGCCACUGGCUGGCCGUGAGGAUUGGAAAUGAGUUGGAGAAAGGCUUAAUCCCUAAUAAGAGCAGAGCUGAACAGAUGGCUAGCGUUCAGAAUGCCCAGAGAGACAACGCUGGGGACAGGGCAGAUUUCUGGAGAAUGCGUGGUCAGCGGUCGGGAGUGAAGAAGAACCUGAGAAAGAGUCGGGAAGACCUCACAGCUGCUGUGUCAGUCAGCACCAAAUUCCCAGCUUACGAGAGGGUUUUGCUGCGAGAAGCUGGUUUCAAGAGACCUGUGGUCUUCUUUGGCCCCAUAGCAGAUAUAGCAAUGGAAAAGCUGGCAAAUGAGUUACCUGACCUGUUUCAGACUGCUAAAACGGAACCAAAAGACGCAGGAUCCGAGAAAUCCAGUGGGGUGGUGAGGUUAAAUACUGUGAGGCAAAUUAUUGAACAGGAUAAGCACGCACUAUUGGAUGUGACCCCAAAAGCUGUCGACCUGUUAAAUUAUACCCAGUGGUUCCCGAUUGUGAUUUUUUUCAACCCAGACUCUAGACAGGGUGUCAAAACCAUGAGGCAGAGGUUGAAUCCAUCAUCCAACAAAAGUUCUCGAAAGUUAUACGAUCAAGCCAACAAGCUUAAAAAAACUUGUGCACAUCUUUUUACAGCUACAAUCAACCUAAAUUCGGCCAAUGAUAGCUGGUUUGGCAGCUUGAAGGACACAAUCCAGCAUCAGCAAGGAGAAGCAGUUUGGGUCUCUGAAGGAAAGAUGGAAGGGAUGGAUGAUGACCCCGAAGACCGCAUGUCCUACUUAACUGCCAUGGGUGCAGACUAUCUGAGUUGCGACAGCCGUCUCAUCAGUGACUUUGAAGACACCGAUGGCGAAGGAGGCGCCUACACUGACAAUGAGCUGGACGAGCCAGCUGAGGAGCCGCUGGGGUCGUCCAUCAGCCGCUCCUCGGAGCCGGUGCAGCAUGAGGAGAGCAUAAGGAAGCCCAGCCCAGAGCCACGAGCUCAGAUGAGGAGGGCUGCUAGCAGAGAUCAACUUAGGGACAAUAGCCCGCCCCCGACAUUCAAGCCAGAGCCGCCCAAGGCCAGAACCCAAAACAGAGAAGAAUUCCAUGACUUCUCCAAAUCCUACGAAUACAAGCCAAAUCCCUCCACCGUGGCCACUAACGAAAUUCCUGUGGCAUCUACCAGAGGUUACCCUCCUCCUGUGGCAGUAAAACCUGCCUUUGGACGGCCUAUACUGAAGCCCUCCACUCCCAGCCCGGCUCUGGAGAGUGAGGAGACGGGGGAGGGCAGUGAGGAGCAAGAAACCACUCCCAGGUCUGUCCUGGGCAAAGUCAAAAUAUUUGAGAAGAUGGAUCACAAGGCAAAGUUACAGAGAAUGCAAGAGCUCCAAGAAGCCCAGAAUGCAAGGAUUGAAAUUGCACAGAAGCACCCUGAUAUCUAUGCAGUCCCAAUCAAAACACAAAAGCCAGAUCCUGGCCUGCCCCAGCACACAAGUUCCAGGCCCCCUGAGCCGCAGAAAGGUCCUUCCAGACUUUAUCAGGAUACCAGAGGAAGUUACAGCAGUGACGCCGAGGAGGAGGAAUAUCGACAACAGCUGUCGGAGCAUUCAAAGCGCGGCUACUAUGGCCAGGCUGCCCAGUACCGGGACACAGAAUUGUAGAUGUCUGGGAAUUGACUCUCUGUGCCCACUGGCCACCACAUCAGGGUAGCACUCACUCCUGCUAAGUCACGGGGAUGGUUCUUUUACAGUUAAAAUGCACUGUGGAGACGUGGUGGGACCUGAGGUCAUGCCCUGUCACGGGGAACCCGGGGCACAGCCAGUGCAAAUUAAGAACCAAGGCUCUAUUUGUGGGACUGGGUUGGGAGAGUUUGUCUUUGCUCAGAGUAUAGAACACUACAGUCUGAUGCUGUUAGCUGCUUCAGCGAACCAAAAUCUGUAUUAAUUCUGUUUUCGUAUUUUUAACAUGUAUAUUCAGGAAUAACUAUUUUUCAUCAUUAAUCGCUGCCUACCAGGACUGUCUCAGUGUGAGGCAGAAGGUGAAAAAAGGAAUAAAUACUGUUGGACGCAAACUAAAUUCCAAGAAAUAUUUUAUUACAACAGAUGUGCCUUUGAUGAGAAGUGUCUUAAAUUUUCUUCCUCUGCAGCUUUAUGCAAAGCCAUAAUGGACUAAAACAUUAUUUUGACUAAAUUUUUAUAUCAGCUUAAUAGCUAUGGUUUUCCCUGCACUGUACCAUCUUUUCAAGGGCUUCGUCUUUAUAAUAUUUUCCAUAAAUUCUGACUGUAUAUAUAAUAGCUAUCUUUGGUAGUUUGGUUAUAAAUGCUACAUAGGUUAAAGACCAAGAAGUUGGUAUAGAUAUUAUUUGUUUAAAACCAUGUGCUCCACAAAAGCAAAUACUCAUGAAAAACAUGUUUUAUUUCCAAAAGUGUGUGUAUUGACAAAAGUUAGUUUUGUAAUUUAAUAAAAAGGAUUAUAUUGCAAUCAGUAACUUGCUGUGUGGUGGGCUUCUACACUUCAUAUUUCUAAGUGCAAUUUUUAUUUCUGUUACUAAUCAUAAAAGUGAGACAUGCGCAUUGUUGAAUAUUGGAAAAUGCAGACACGUAUAAAGAAGAAAAUAAAAAGUACUCAUAGUCUUCAUUGCUCAAAUAAUUU